AUGCGUAGAGUUGAGGAGAAGGACAACGCCAGCACCGUCGAGAAAGGCGGGGUUAGCGUCGUCGUUGCCCACCAGGCAGACAGUCGCUACCAAUUCGACACUGCAGACCUUGACCGCGUUCAAAGACGACUGAAACAGCGCCAUGUACAGAUGAUUGCUAUUGCUGGUACCCUCGGUACUGGUCUUUUCCUCGGGUCAGGACAUGCGCUGCAGGGCGCAGGUCCGCUGGGUGCCCUCAUCGCCUAUGCUCUGGUCGGCACUACUGGCUAUGCGACCCUGUGCUCUGUUGGUGAAAUGACUUCAUUCGCUCCCAUCUCCGGUACUUUCCCCCACUUCGCCGCCCGGUGGGUGGACCCCGCCUUUGGUUUCGCUCUCGGUUGGAAUUACUUCUACACCAAUGCGAUAUCCACACCCGUCGAAAUCACAGCUGCGUGUAUCCUGAUCACGUUCUGGGAUUCCAAUACCCACCAUCAAGCAGCCUAUACUGCUGCGGUCACGAUUUGUGUGUGUGCCAUAAACAUUUUCGGCGUCCGGUGGUUUGGAGAGGCUGAGUUCUGUUUCUCCAUCAUUAAAAUUUUGUUGAUUACCAUUCUGAUCCUCACUGGUUUGGUCAUCGACCUUGGUGGAGGACCGGACCAUCAGCGUCUUGGUUUCCGGUAUUGGAAGCACCCUGGCGCCGUUGCUGGCGCUGGGUUGGAGCCGAACCACCCUUCUCUGGACCGUUUCCUUGGCAUUCUCACUGUCAUCGUUCAGGCUGCAUUCUCGUUCCAGGGAAUGGAGCUUGUCGCCAUCGCUGCAUCUGAAACGGAGAGCCCACGUCGCAACAUCGCCAAGGCCGUCCGAAGGGUGUUCUGGCGUAUCCUAAUUUUCUACAUCCUUGGUAUCCUCAUCACGGGCAUGCUCGUUCCUUACAAUGAUCCGAACCUACUCUCCUCCAGUGGGACAGCGGCGGAGUCGCCCUACGUUAUCGCCAUGACGCGCGCAGGCAUCAAAGUCCUCCCUCACAUCAUCAAUGCGGGUAUCUUCACGUCCGCCUUCUCCGCGGGCAACUCCUUCCUAUUCAGUUCCUCGCGUGUGAUGUACGGUCUUGCGCUGCGGGGUCAGGCUCCGCGGUUCCUCGCAUAUUGCACCAAGAGCGGCCUCCCAAUCGCUUCAGUCCUUUUUGCAAGUUGCUUCUCGUGGUUGGCAUUCAUGAACGUAUCAUCGGGCGCUGAGACGGUGUUCAAUUGGUUUGUCAACCUGUCGACCGUGGGCGGCUUCUUUGGGUGGAUAUCCAUCAACAUCACCUACCUUCGUUUCUAUAAGGGCUACAAACGACAGGGCUUCGAUAGAACUAAGCUAUCGUACUACAACCGUCUCCAGCCGUGGCUCGCAAUAUGGGGCAUCUUUUGGAUCACGAUAUUCAUCCUCAUCAACGGAAUUGCAGUAUUUUGGAACUUCAACGCGUCGUCAUUCCUCACAUCAUACAUCAAUAUCCCAAUUUUCUUCGGGCUGUUCGUGUUCUGGAAGGUGGUCAAGCGCACGAAGUUCUGGAGGGUUGACGAGAUGGACUUCGUGACGGGUAUUCCUACAUUCGAGGAGACGGAAAUCCCAGAAGUACCACCAGUGACGAUUCCCCAGAAGAUCGCUGCCAUCCUCUUCUAA